AUGGGACGACGACCGGCCCGUUGCUAUCGGUACUGUAAGAACAAGCCGUACCCGAAGUCGCGCUUCUGCCGAGGUGUGCCCGAUCCGAAGAUCCGCAUCUACGAUCUGGGUCGCAAGCGAGCGCGCGUCGACGAGUUUCCACUAUGCGUCCAUCUAAUCUCCAACGAGUUUGAGCAAAUCUCCUCGGAGGCUCUGGAGGCUGGUCGUAUUUGCUGCAACAAGUACUUGGUGAAAACGUGCGGCAAGGACUCCUUCCACGUGCGCAUCCGUGUCCACCCCUUCCACGUGCUGCGCAUCAACAAGAUGUUGUCGUGUGCCGGUGCCGAUCGACUGCAGACCGGUAUGCGCGGCGCCUUCGGCAAGCCGCUGGGCACCGUCGCCCGCGUGCACAUCGGCCAGAUCAUCCUCUCGGUGCGCGUCAAGGAGCAGCACAAGGAGCACGUGAUUGAGGCGCUCCGUCGUGCGAAGUUCAAGUUCCCCGGUCGCCAGAAGAUCGCCAUCUCGCGCAAGUGGGGCUUCACCAAGUGGGACACCGCCGACUACGAGACGAUGCGCGAGGACGGGCGCCUGCUGCCCAACGGCGUCACCUGCUACUACAAGCCCAACAAGGGCCCCUUCUCCGAGUGGGUGAAGACCCAGGAGACCAUGCACGGUGUCAACUAA